AUGUGGGUUAUACAGCGAUUCGCUGCGCGCUCCGUCGACCUACAUCCAAGGUGGUGUCUAUCGAGGUGGACCCGGAACACGCAGUGCUGUCACAAUGUUUGGCAAUCCAUGCGGGCGUUGACCACCAGGUGCGCGUUUGGACGGGUCAAAGCGGCGAUGUCCUUCGCUCCCUCCGGGACCGGUAUGGUGUCUCCGAUGCAGAAUUUCCACGCUUCGCGAUGGUGUUUAUGGACCAAUGCGGCCGCCUGGACCAUUGCUGGGAGCCAGUGCAUUGUGGGCAGUUACUCCACGCAUGCCACUUACGUUGCGAACUUCAGGAAUCAUGCUAGCAGUUCCAGAUUCUGGUCCGACCUUGAAGUGCUGAUCAAACAGGAGUUGCUGAUGCCCGGUGCCAUUCUUUUAGCCGACAAUGUGUUGAAGCCGGGCGCACCACUCUUUCUAUGGCAACUGUUCCAUGGUCUUGGCCGUGAUGUGUUCACAAGUCACUUGAUCAGUUUGGAGGAGUUUGCCAUGCCCGGUGUGGAGGACUGCAUGCUGAUGGCCAGAUACCAUCCAUCCACAUCCCAACCAGGCAAGAUGGCGAUGCCACUGGAAGUUCAAGCGUUGGAGUUCGAGGCCUCCUGCAUCCGUACACGCGCAGCGGAGCCUGGUGGUGUGCCGUUUGAGGAGUGGUCUGCCCACGGUGAACGCAUGAAGCGGGCCUUGGAAGAUCUGAAUAUCAGGAUUGGGGAAGACCUGAGCUCUGCUGAUUGUGCCAAAGCUGGCCGUGAGAAGAGCAAGUGA